AUGUCCAAAUUUUAAUAAGAUGGUAUAACCAUCUGUUUACUGGGAGGGUUCCAGAAGUGGCCUUCCAGUGCCCAACAUUCCUUCACUCCUCAUAAAUGUGGAUUAAGGGUAUAAAAUUUGACAUUACUAUUUUCAAGUUUGUUAAAUAAUUUACAUGGCAUUAUAAGGAUUAUUUAUAGAAAUUGAAUGGCAAACCAAUUUAAGUGCCAGUAAGGAUUCUUACUACUCCUAAUGAAGGUAAGUAUUAAUUAAAUUUUGAUAGGAAAAUAUAAUGAUGGUUAUGAUAAUGAAAAUCAUGAUCUCAUAAUUAGAUAAUAUGACAAAUUAUACAAUAGCAAAAAGAAUAUGUAAGUUAUGUGAGAUUAAUAAUUAAGAACAUACAUUUGUGAGGCUCUUUUAGGUGCAGGAACAUUUGGCUAAGUUAUCAAAUGUAGUAUAGAAGGAACAAAAUAAUAAGUUGCAAUAAAGGUAUUAUAUUAGGAGGAUAAUUAGAUCAUAAAAAAUUAACCUGCAUUUUAAAAAUAACAAAAAAUAGAAAUCAAUGUAUUAAGAACUCUCUAAACAUUCUCAAAAGAAUAAAAUAUUUAAAAAAAUCGUAUAAUCUAACUAAAUGAUUAAUUUCCACACAAGAAACAUGCUUGCCUAGUUUUCCCUUUAUUGGCAUAAAAUUUAUUUGAAGUGAUGAAAACAAAUAAAUAAGAAGCAUUUAGUGUGUCUUUAGUCAGAAAAUUUCUCAAUCAAAUAGUAACAGGACUUACAGUUGCAGAAUAAUGUGGAGUUGUUCAUGCAGAUUUAAAACCAGAGAAUAUAAUGAUAGAAUAAAAACAACCUAUAUUGGAUGAUUGUUCUCUUUAAAUCAUUGAUUUUGGAUCCAGUUGCUUUUUGAAUGAUAAACAUCCUUAUAUAUACAUUCAAAGCAGAUUCUAUAGAGCUCCAGAAAUAAUAUUAGAGAAUCAUAAUUAUACUAGUAUUAAUAUGGAACUAUGAAUUAUUAGCUAAAAUUGAUAUUUGGAGUUUAGGUUGCAUUGCAGUUGAAUUAUUAUAUGGUAAUCCUCUUUUUCCAUGUUUCGAUCAAUAUUCUUGUUUAGAAAGAAUAAUUCAAGUUACCAAACCUACAAUAAGUAAUAAAUUAUAUAUAUAAUAUUUUAGCUAUGCAGGGAUAUGUUAAAAAUGCCCCUGCAUCAAAAAAAUACUUUAACUUACUUUAAAAUAAUAUUUUUUAAUUAAAAUCAAGGGAACAAUUCACAGCUGAAUUUCCUUAAAUAAAAACUAGGGAAGGGUAUAACUUGAUGCAUCCAAUUAAGAAACUUACAGAUCUAGCUCAAUAUUAUAAUUAAUAAUCUUCUAAAGGUAUUUAAUAAAUAUCAUAUUUGAAUAGAUUAACCUACAUUCAAUUAAUUUCUAGAUUUUGUAUAAAAAUGUCUUGAAUGGGAACCAAAUGCUAGAAUGUCCGCCGAGGAUGCUAGUUAACACCCAUUUUUGACUGGAUAAAACUAAGGAUUUGAAAUCAAUAUUGAUUUAGAGGACUUAUUUGCAAAAUUGGAUACUUAAUCUAAUUAAAGUAGUACUUCCUCUUUUUAUGAAGACCAACCAGAGUUUUGAG